GAUUGGAAUAAAAGUAAUUCAGACGUGUAAUAGGUCCAUAUUUCAUUAGGUCAUUAAUAAAAUGGCACAGACUACAAGACUUAUUAAAUUUUCAUCAGCGUGUAAUUUAUUUAAAAAUAACAGCAAUGUUUCUUUAUAUCAAAUUAGAUCAAUGAGUUCAGUGUGGUCUCAUGUAGAAAUGGGACCACCAGAUGCAAUUUUAGGCAUUACAGAAGCAUAUAAAAAGGAUCAAAAUCCAAAAAAAGUUAAUUUGGGAGUUGGUGCUUAUCGAGAUGAUAAUGGUAAACCAUUUGUUUUACCAAGUGUAAGAAAGGCAGAAGAGAAAAUUAGAAUUAAAGAAAUGGAUAAAGAAUAUUCACCAAUAGCAGGGAAUGCAGAAUUUUGUAAGCAUAGUAUUACAUUGGCACUUGGUGAUUGUAAUGAUGCCCUUGAAAAUGGUUUGAAUGCUACUGUUCAAGGAAUUUCAGGUACAGGUUCACUUUGUAUUGGAGCAAAUUUUUUGUCACACUUUUUUAAUGGCAAUAAAGAAGUAUAUCUGCCAAAACCUACAUGGGGAAAUCAUGCUGCUAUAUUUAAACUUGCUAAGUUACCAGUAAAGUUUUAUCGUUAUUUUGAUCCAAACACAUGUGGAUUAGAUUUUCAAGGUCUUUUAGAAGACAUCUGUAAAAUACCAGAAAAGUCCAUUAUUGUUUUACAUGCAUGUGCACAUAAUCCUACUGGUGUUGAUCUUAAACUAGAACAAUGGAAAGAAUUGGCAACAGUAGUAAAAAACAAGAAUCUUUUUCCCUUUUUUGACAUGGCAUAUCAAGGAUUUGCUUCAGGAGAUACAGACAGAGAUGCUCAAGCAGUUAGAUUAUUUAUAAAAGAAGGAAUACAAAUUGCUUUAGCUCAAUCAUAUGCUAAAAAUAUGGGUUUGUAUGGUGAACGUGUCGGAGCGCUUACGUUCAUUACUUCUGACAAAGACGAAGCGGAACGUGUUCUUUCACAGCUAAAAAUUUUAAUUAGACCAAUAUAUUCUAAUCCGCCAAUUUAUGGCGCCAGGAUAGUUAAUGAAAUCUUUGGAGAUCCUGAAUUAAAACAACAAUGGCUUUGUGAUGUAAAAUUAAUGGCUGAUCGCGUUAUUUCUGUACGUGAAAAGUUGUGUAAUAAUCUUAGAAAAAAUGGCAGUUCUCGUGAUUGGUCACACAUUGUUAAUCAAAUUGGAAUGUUCUGUUAUACAGGUCUUAAUACUUCUGAGGUAGAAAAGCUUACAAAGGAUUAUAGCGUUUAUUUGACAAAGGAUGGUAGAAUAUCUAUGGCAGGAGUAACAUCAAAGAAUGUAGAAUAUCUUGCAAAUGCCAUUCAUGAAAUUACAAAAUAAUUACAUACUUCUAUUAAUGAUUAAAAAUUUCAAUCAAAUUUAGUCUUGUAAUCUUCAAAUAC